AUGGAAGACGGUGAGAUAGAAGAGGGUUCAAUCGCCGUCGAAGAAGAACACCAACAAGCAUUCGCACAUUCCUCAGAAGACCCCAUCCCGGAGGAAUCACCCUACGAAAUUCUUCACAACAGCAAAUCUUCUAUCGAAACCAUCAUCUCCGAUAUCCUCUCCAUAAAAAAAGACGCUAAACCCAAACAACUCCUUCGAGAUCUCGUCACUCAAAUGUUCCUUCACUUCAUCACUCUCCGCCAGGCGAAUCGCUCUAUAUUGAUUGAGGAAGACCGUGUCAAAAUGGAAACGGAACGUGCGAAGGCACCGGUGGAUUUCACGACACUGCAGCUUCAUAAUUUGGUGUAUGAAAAGAGUCACUAUCUUAAAGCGAUUAAGGCUUGCAAAGACUUCAAGUCUAAAUAUCCUGACAUUGAGCUUGUACCCGAGGAAGAGUUUUUACGUGACGCUCCCAAGGAUAUCAAGGAUUCCGUUUUGUCAAAAGACAGUGCUCAUAAUUUGAUGCUCAAGAGACUCAAUUUUGAGCUAUACCAGCGUAAAGAGCUCUGCAAACAUCAUGCGAAACUGGAACAACAAAAGAAAAUCCUUUUGGAUACUAUUGCAAACCGAAAGAAGUUCCUGACAAGUCUCCCUUCACAUCUCAAGUCUCUGAAGAAAGCAUCAUUGCCGGUUCAAAAUCAACUAGGAAUUAUGCAUACAAAGAAACUAAAGCAGCAUCAUUCAGCAGAGUUGCUUCCACCAGCCCUUUAUGUGAUUUACUCACAGCUAUUAGCUCACAAGGAGGCCUUUGUAGAACCCAUUGAUUUGGAGAUCGUAGGAAGCCUGAAAGAUGCUCAAGCUUUUGCUCGUAAGCAAGCUCACAAGGAAACCGGCAUUUCCACUGUCACGGAGAGUUCUAAAUUGGAAGAUGAUGUUCCUGAUGAUGAAGAAGAUGGUCAGAGACGUAGGAAAAGGCCAAGGAGGGUACAAGUCAAGGAGAGCUCUGACCAAGGGGGCAUAUUUCAAAGUCACCCACUUAAAAUCAUUAUCCAUGUGUAUGAAGAUGAUACUUCUGAUCCUAAGCCUGCAAAACUAAUUACUCUAAGCUUUGAGUACAUGAUUAAAUUGAAUAUUGUAUGUGUUGGAAUAGAAGGAUCUAAUGAUGGUCCUGACAGUGACAUCUUAUGCAAUUUAUUUCCUAAUGAUACAGGCCUUGAGCUUCCUCACCAGUCAGCUAAGCUCUUUGUUCAAGAUGCUAUAACAUUCAAUGCUCAAAGAACUUCACGUCCUUACAAAUGGGCUCAGCACCUGGCAGGGAUUGAUUUCUUGCCUGAGGUGUCUCCAUUGCUCCCUACUGACAACAGUGAAGCAGCAAGGAGCGAAGAUGUUAUAUCUGGUCUCUCAUUAUAUCGCCAGCAGAACCGAGUACAGACAGUUCUGCAGAAAAUUCGCUCAAGGAGAAAAGCUCAAUUGGCUCUUCUGGAACAGCUAGAAUCUCUUACCAAGCUUGAGUGGCCUCUUUUGUCCUGCAAAAGUGUUCCAUGGGCUUUGCACACCCCUUUGUGCAAAUUGGAUGGCUGGUCAAUAAAAGCCCUACCUGUACCUAGUGAAACUUCACCUCUGGCUACCAUAGAUAAAGAAGAGCAUGUUCAAGAAUCAAUGGAUGUUGAUGUAAUUGAGAAUUCUGGGGCCACAAAAGAAGAACUCGAUGGUAUGACGGAAGAUGGAGAGCUUCCAACUUUACUUCCAAAGAUGACUAAGUCUGACCACUCCAAACAAGCUAGCUUAAUUUCAAAAAGUGUUGUUCCUUCACUUAGUAAAGUUAGGUCAAAGAGUUUCAAAAACGUUGACGAUAGUUCAGAUUUCUUGCUGGAUACUGAUAGCGAUUUUGAUGAACCUGCACAAAUUGGAAGUGAACACGAAGAUACUGUAUCUGAUUACUGUGCCAGAAAGUCUUUUGCGUGGAUAGAUUCUAGUGUGAAGGAAUUUCUCCUUGUUCUUAGCAGAAAAACUAACGCAGAUGAUAGAAAUGUGAAUUUAGAAGCCAAGAUUAAGAUCAGUAUGGAAUAUCCUCUAAGGCCUCCACUUUUUGCAUUGAAUCUUUGCCGUAUACCUGUUGGGGAGAAUCAUUUUAAGAAUGAUGGAUUGGAGUGGUACAAUGAACUUCGCGCAAUGGAAGCGGAGGUCAACUUACAUAUGCUAAAGACACUACCUGUCAUUGAACACAAUCAUGUAUUGGCUCAUCAAGUGAGUUGUCUUGCCAUGUUGUUUGAUUAUUAUUUAGAUGAGGGCUCAUCAUCUGAAAGAAAAAACUGCACUACCUUGGUUGAUGUUGGCUUAUGCAAGCCUGUUAGUGGUGGGUUCCUGGGCAGAUCUUUUAGAGGAAGGGAUCACCGGAAGAUGAUCUCCUGGAAAGACAUGACAUUUACUUCAAGCUGA